AAAAAAAGUAAGUCUGAUGAGUGGGUUACGGUGAGAGGAGAAGUGAAGAGAGUACAUAGACUCGGCUGGACUCGAUGUGCACUCGAUGUCGUGUAGUCGAGGGCAAAGCAUUACAAAAGCAUCCUGCCAUUUCCACAAUUAUCUCAAAUCGUAUCAUCUCUUUGACCAACAAAAAAUACAAGUAAAAAAAAAAUCAUAUAUAUAAAAUAUCCUUAAAAAUAAUAAAACUAGUUAUGCCAAUCGAAAUAUCAUAUAACCACCAAACUCGUUACUAUCAUUUCUGUAUUUCUACGUGUUUUUCGAAAUAAUUUUUUAAGUGUUUUAUAUAUUUUUUUUUUAAAUGAUAUUAUAUAAAAAAAAAUUAUAUAUAAUAAUUACAGAGGUAAAUGGAGUACCUUCAAAUAAACGUGAAAUAUACACGCCAUAAAAAUGGACAGAGUACGUUUAUUUCCAAUGGAAUUACCACGUGCUGUUAAUAUAAGUGGUAAUAAUAAUGUACGAGGUCGUUUAUCAUUUGUCAAAAGAUUGGCACUAUGUUGUAUUGUCCUAGCUGGUCUUGGUUUAUUAUAUGUACCAGCAUAUCAUUCAGCUCGUGAACCAAUUGAAUUAGGUGAUACAGCAUCUAUUGGAUCAUCUGGAAUCACACGUUAUGUUGAAUCAUUUGAACAAUUAGAAGGCUGGUCAUUCAACACAUCAAGAAAUUUACAUUCAUAUAUUUCAUCAAAUAAUAAUACAACAAUACUUAGUCCAGAUGAACUUUGUGCAUCAUCACCAUAUCUUGUUAUAAUAAUAUGUUCAGCAAUUGGUAAUCAUAAUUCACGUAAUGCAAUUAGAAAUACAUGGGGAAGUGAUGAAUAUCUUAAUAAAUUUAAUUUAACUGUUAAAAUUGCAUUUUUACUUGGACAAAAUGACAAUGACACAUUAAAUAAUGCAGUUGUUGAUGAAAAUGAUGAAUAUGGUGAUAUCAUACAAGCAACAUUUCAUGAUACAUAUAAUAAUUUAACACUUAAAUCAGUUAUGAUGUUAAAAUGGGUCACAAAAUAUUGUUCACAUGCAACAUAUCUAAUGAAAACAGAUGAUGACAUGUAUAUUAAUGUUGAUAAUUUAUUAUUAUCAUUGUCAUCAAGAACAAGUAAUAAUGGUGUUUUAUUGGGAUCAUUGAUAUGCAAUGCACAUCCAAUAUCAGAUCCAAAAAAUAAAUGGUACACACCAAAAUACAUGUUUUCUGAAAAAACAUAUCCAAAUUAUUUAUCAGGCACCGGAUAUGUCAUGAGUCUGGAUGUUGCUGAUAAAUUAUAUAAAAGUGCAUUAUCAACACCACUACUACAUCUUGAGGAUGUAUAUAUUACUGGUCUUUGUGCUAAAAAAUCAAACAUACGUCCAAUAAAUCAUCCUGGUUUUAGUUAUGUACAACGUAAAUUUGAUACUUGUGUACUUAGAAAUACAAUUACAAAUCAUCGUGUCAAUUCAUCAAUGAUGUAUGCAAUAUGGAAUAAAAUAAGAGACACUAAAAUAUCAUGUCCAAAAUUAGAUGAUAAAAAAAAACAAGUAUUAAAUCGACAGCGUAGAAAUAUUGGCUAUUAUAUGAGCAAUAGACGCACUAUCACCAAUCGUUGUGCCUAGAUAAAUUUUUUAUACGUAAAAAUAAUUACACUCAAUUCAUUAAUUUGAUAAGAAAGGUUUUUUUUUUUUAAAUCAAUAACGAAAUAAUUUUCUACAAAUGAAAGUUUUACUUAUAUAAAAAAUGCAAUUAGAACUUUCAGUUUUUUUUUUUUUUAAAUGCACGAAUUAUAAAUUCAUAUUUUUUUUCGUUUCGAAAAAAUAACAUACUAUUUUUUAAAUGUGAUUAGUAGCUAUUAAAACAAAAUUAUUAGAAAAAUAUUUUUUAUUUUAUACAGUAAUUUUUAAACCCAUUAGAUUUUAAGUGAUUAAAAAAAAUAUGUCAAUUAGGUCUAGGACGUUCAAAUGAUUUUUUUUUUUUUUUUUUUUUUACCGAGUUACUUAAUUAGUUUGUAAAAAAAAAUUCCACGAUUAUUAUUUUAUUACGUAAUUUUUAUUAGUUUAUAAAAAUAGUGAGAUGAAUUUUUUAAGAUAUUGGACUAUUUGUUCAGUAAGGUGCUUGUCAUAAAUUAAUUGAAUAUUUUUUUUGUUGAUUGUUAAAUUGAUGAUUUAAAAUUGUAAUUUAAUUUAAAUAGCUUGAGCUUCCAUCCAAAGGCACAUGUUAAUUUUGCCUGAAUAAACAAUUAAUAUUUAUAAGACAUUUGUGAAUUUUAAAGAGUAAAAAUUUAUUCAUUAUUUAAAUAAUUGUUAAAAUUUUUUACGAAAAUAAAAAAAAAAUGUAAAAAAAAAACAACAACAAUUUACAAAUUGAA